CUCAGAGAAAGCAACUCAAGAUGAAUUUAAUAUUUUAUUCGUAUUUAAUUUUAAUCGUUUUCCUAACAAUUUCGCUCUCAAAUGCUCAUAAACUGCAUCCGUAUGGACAAUCAAUUACAAUUCAACUUAGCGAAGAUUCUGAUCCAAAAACAGAUUCAAGUUUUAAUAAAUUAAAAGAAAUGUUCACACAUCCGGAAGUAGCAAAUCGAAAAGUUGUAAUAUUGUCAAUUAUUGGAGCUUAUAGGAAGGGAAAAAGUUUCUUUUUGGACUACUGCUUGCGGUUUUUGUAUGCCAAUUAUCGAUCAAUUGCCACAUUAAAUCAACCUUUAGUCAAAAAUAAUAAUUGGUGGGGAAGAGAUGAUGAGCCACUAACUGGAUUUUCGUGGAAGCAUGGAAGUGAACCAGACACAAAAGGAAUUUUAUUUUGGAGUGAUAUCUUCCUUCACGAGCAAAAUGGUGAAAAAAUUGCAAUAAUUCUAAUUGACACACAAGGUCUCUUUGAAUCAGGUAGAGACAGUAACAUAGAUGCCAAAAUUUUUGGAGCGACAAACUUCAUCACUUCCAUCCAAAUUUUUAAUAUACGAGAUGUUAUCCAAGAAGAUCAACUUGAGCAUUUAAAAAUGGUCACAGAUUUUGCAAAACUUACAACAAAGCGGCAGAAAGAAAAAUCUUUAAAAAGUUCUUUUAAGCCAUUCCAAAAUUUAUUGUUUCUAUUUAGAGAUUGGGAUCAUGAAGAUCAUGGCUACGGAUAUGAAGGUGGUAAAAUUUAUUUGGAAAAUAUUCUCCGUAUAAAAAAUGUUAAAAACAUGAAUGAGAAAGCUCAGAGUGUUCGGAAUAAUAUUAAGGAUUCGUAUGAUAAUCUGAGUGCAUUUUUAUUGCCAUCACCUGGAAGAAUAAUUCGUAAGAAAACCUUCGAUGGUCGAUGGGGACCAUUAGAUGACGAAUUUAAAGAAAAUUUUAUAACUUUAAUUGAAUCAAUUUUUUUACCGCAAAACCUGAUCAAAAAGAAAGUAUUUGGCAAUGAAAUCACAGCAAAGGAACUAUUAAUGUACACACUCUCGAUAUUUUCAGCGUUUCAUGGUUCAGAUCUCCCAGAAAAUGAUUCAGUUUUUGAUUCUGCUGUUAAAAUAGAACUGAUAAAGUUAUCUGAAGAAGCAAUCAACGAGUAUAUGAAGAAAAUUAGCAAAGGGUUAAUCUACACUAAUCCGAAUUUUGUUACCAAACUUUUGAAUGAUCACAAAAGUCUACAAAUGGAAGUUAUUGAGAAUUUCAAGAAAAAACCAAAAAUGGCUGAUGAAGAUGUGGAAAAUAAAUUCAUAAAAGAGUUAAAAACUACAAUUAAUGCAAAGUUUUCUGGAUGGAAAGCUCCUGUUGUAACUUUGCAUGAGCAGUUAAUCGCUCAACAAAGACAAUUAGAUCAUCAAGCUUUGGUGCAGAGAAGAGAAGGAGCAAGAAGAAUUUAUGAAAAAACGCCCCAAUAUCAAUCAUGCAGAUUUUUCACAAUGUAUAUGCAUGAUUGUGGAAUGACCAAUAACGUUAAUUCUGUUACUUAAUCUGUAAUAAAAUGUUCUGUUAUUUAUUAAAUACUC